CGCUCCGACAAAAAUGAUCCCGCGGCUGAAUCUAGUUGCCUACACCUGUCCUAUACGCUCUAGCGUUAGGCUCAGAGACGGAAGAGGAAUCGAAAUAUUCCACUUGCUGUUUUUUUCUGGUUCAAUGAAAGUCAAUGAAGAAUGUACUAUGUAGACCAAACCCAGCUGCUAUUGCAUUGGUGUCUAUGGGAGACCCACCCUGUUAAGUAGACCGGAAGUGACACUUUUAUUCAAUGGUAAACGGACUGAUUGAACUCUUUAUUUAUCCAUCAUCUUUGGUUGGCUAAAACCAUUUCUAUUUUCAACGUCCUCCGCCAUAGCCUGGCUGGCGAGACUCAAGUGUCUCAUAGCGCAAAGAGAGAUGUACUUCGAGGUGUUUUAGACAGACUGUCUUCGCCCCGUCAGAACAUAUUUCAAUGCAGAUUCAGGCGCGCAAUAUUGAAUCUCCCGUAGGCUACCUCGUAUGAAGCACAAACUAUACAUCUGAAAUUGAAAAUAGAACGCAUGUUGUGUAACCAUUCCACUCCCAAACAGGACAUUCAAUGGCCGAGAUUUAUUUCCCAAGUCGGCAUUGAGCAAUUCCGUACAUGCGCUAUUGGGCUACAGGAUUUUGGGGUAAACGAAUCCAAGUGGACCGCGUAGAAAUAGCUUGUGGAUGUUAUCCCAAUACCUUGGGCAAUGUGCAUUGAACUAAUACUAUUUGGAUAUAGUUCAAAUACGCUGGAUAAGAUAUCAUCCAUUCGCAGUGCUAUCAAAAUGCUAUAGCGAGGAGGAAAAAUGCUGUGUCACAUUUGGAGGCCACGCGCAUCCCGUGCCAGCCAGUCUGAGCCAGUGCAUGCGCUCAGUGCGCCAUCGAUGAUGUUGUGGGAUAUAUCCAGUCUGGUCGACUAAACCGGCGAUGUAUUUACCACGCUAUGUGUUAUAACAUUUUUAAAAUCGACAUAGUCACGUACAGCCACUGGACUUUUCAUUCAAUCUAUGUAGCCUACAGUAGCGCUGGUGAACAUUAUGUUCUAUGUCGGAGGAGGUGGUGGGUAGCCUAUGCAAUUUCAGUUGUCGGCGUACUGAUCCCAUUUUGGAACACAUGAUGUUUACUCUUACCGAGGUAGCCGCCCUGAAUGACAUCCAGCCAACCUAUCGGAUCCUGAAACCAUGGUGGGACGUCUUUAUGGACUACCUGGGCGUCGUCAUGCUGAUGCUAGCCAUAUUUUCUGGAACCAUGCAGUUAACCAAAGACCAGGUGGUUUGCCUUCCUAUUCUGGAACCAGCUUCAGAGGACCCCAGCGGCUUCACAACACCGCAGCCAGCGGAGGGGUCUGGUUCUGGGUCAGGGAACGGAGGAAGUAGGGUGACGCUAGCCGCCACUCCCCGAGUGACUAAGGAUCUACCGGAUAGUGUUGUUCAUCAGAUUCACUUUACACAUUCUGGUGGUGUUGGACAGCAGCCUCUGCCAACAGGCGUCAGGACAAACCUGGACUUUCAGCAAUAUGUUUUUGUCAAUCAGAUGUGCUACCAUGUCGCCCUGCCGUGGUAUUCUAAAUACUUCCCAUACCUUGCUCUCAUACACACCAUCGUCCUCAUGGUCAGCAGUAACUUCUGGUUCAAAUAUCCAAAGACUUGUUCGAAAAUAGAGCAUUUUGUGGGGAUUCUGGGGAAGUGUUUUGAGUCUCCUUGGACGACCAAGGCAUUAUCUGAGACGGCAUGUGAGGACUCAGAGGAGAAUAAGCAAAGGCUCACUGGUGCCCCUUUCCUGCCAAAACAUUUCUCAACCAGCAGUGAAGAGGGAAGUCCUAACCAGUCCACCCCGAUGCUGGCUAAGUCUGGGGUCAAGUUCACUGCUGAUAAGCCUGUCAUUGAAGUCCCAUGCAUGACCAUACUAGACAAUAAAGAUGGAGAGCAGGCCAAGGCCCUAUUUGAAAAGGUUAGGAAAUUCCGUACCCACGUGGAAGACAGUGAUUUGAUCUACAAGCUCUACGUUGCCCAAACAGUGAUCAAAACUGUGAAGUUCAUUUUGAUCUUGUGUUACACAAUGACGUUUGUUGCUGCCAUUGACUUUGACCAUGUGUGUGAGCCUGACAUAAAACAUUUAACUGGAUACACUAAAUUCCAAUGCACACAUAACAUGGCAUUCAUGUUAAGGAAGCUGCUUGUCAGCUAUAUUUCCCUCGUCUGUAUAUACGGCCUCAUCUGUAUAUACACUCUCUUCUGGCUCUUUCGACGACCUCUCAAGGAGUACUCUUUCGAGAAAGUCAGAGAGGAGAGUAGCUUCAGUGACAUUCCUGACGUGAAGAACGACUUUGCGUUUCUCUUGCACAUGGUCGAUCAGUACGACCAGCUGUACUCUAAGCGUUUUGGUGUCUUCCUCUCUGAAGUCAGUGAGAACAAGCUGCGGGAGAUCAGCUUGAAUCACGAGUGGACAUUCGAGAAACUGAGACAGCAUGUAACCCGCAACGCUCAGGACAAACUGGAGCUCCAUCUCUUCAUGCUGUCAGGUUUGCCAGACGCUGUCUUUGACCUGACAGAUCUGGAGAUCCUGAAGCUGGAGCUGAUCCCAGAGGCCAGGAUAACAGCCAAGAUCUCCCAGAUGAUCAACAUUCAGGAGCUACACUUCUACCACUGUCCUGCCAAAGUCGAGCAGACCGCGUUCAGUUUCCUUCGUGACCACCUCCGGUGCCUUCAUGUCAAGUUUACAGAUGUAGCCGAGAUCCCCACUUGGGUGUACCUGUUGAAAAGUCUGAGGGAGCUGUACUUGGUCGGGAAUCUGAAUUCUGAAAACAACAAGAUGAUCGGUUUAGAAUCUCUCAGAGACCUGAGGCAUCUAAAGAUUCUGCAUCUAAAAAGCAAUUUGACGAAGGUCCCGACCAACAUAACAGAUCUCUCUCCACACCUGAUCAAGCUGGUGGUACACAAUGAUGGGACUAAACUCCUGGUACUGAACAGUUUGAAGAAAAUGAUGAACCUAGCUGAACUAGAGCUUCACAACUGUGAACUGGAGAGGAUACCCCAUGCUAUUUUCAGUUUGACCAACCUGCAGGAGCUGGACCUGAAAUCCAACAACAUUCGUACCAUUGAGGAGGUCAUCAGCUUCCAGCACCUCAAGAGGCUGAUCUGCCUCAAACUGUGGCACAAUAAAAUCAUUACCAUUCCAUUGUCAAUAAGCCAUGUCAAAAACCUUGAGUCCCUCUACCUUUCUCACAAUAAACUUGAAUCUCUGCCCGUACCCUUGUUUAACCUGCUCAAGCUGAGGUAUCUGGACAUUAGCCACAACUCCAUAGCGGUGAUUCCGCUGGAGAUUGGUUUUAUGCAGAACCUCCAGCACUUUGCCAUUACAGGCAACAAGGUGGAGGUAGUACCCAAGCAGCUGUUUAAGUGCACCAAACUGAGGACACUAAGUCUGGGACACAAUUGUAUCGCUGUCCUUCCAGAGAAGAUCAGCAAUCUGGUGCAGCUAACUAACCUGGAGCUGAAGGGAAACUGUCUGGACCGCCUGCCGCCCCAGCUAGGCCAGUGUCACCUCCUCCGCAGGAACUGCCUGUUGGUGGAGGACCACCUGUUUGACUCACUCCCCCUAGAGAUCAAGGAGAGUAUCAAUCAGGAAGCCAACGUGCCCUUUGCUAAUGGGGUGUGAGUGUGGCAGGACAGUGAGAGUCACUUUACCCAUACAGGAGUGGGAUUACAAAAAUGAGACAACUGUCCACAGUCAAUGUUUGUAAUUACAACAAGUUAACUGAAAGAAAGGUUUUUGCUCAGGGCUGACUCGUCGUGAAAGAACAUUAUGUUUUAGACGGGUAUAAAAUGGCACUGUGAUCACUCAUUAUGAAAGAAGAUCCCAGGUACUGUGGAAAAAGCCAUAAGUAUGGUCUAGUUAAAAAAAUGGUAGGUUAGUUCCACAGUUAUGGGCUGGUUCCAUAGUGAUGGUCUGGUUCAAGAGUGAUGGUCUGGUUCAAGAGUGAUGGUCUGGUUCAAGAGUGAUGGUCUGGUUCAAGAGUGAUGGUCUGGUUCAAGAGUGAUGGUCUGGUUCAAGAGUGAUGGUCUGGUUCAAGAGUGAUGGUCUGGUUCAAGAGUGAUGGUCUGGUUCCAGAGUGAUUGGGUGGUUCCAGAAUGAUGGACUGGGGUGUAAUCAUUAGUCCAAACAGUUGCAAAACAGAAUAUUUUGCAACUAAAACUAGUGUUUCUAUUGGACAAUUCAGGUAGGUCCUUCCCCGUUUCAUUCCAUUUGCUUCUGUUUAAGAAAUGUUUUGCAACAGAAUCGGCGUAAUGACUACAUCCCUGGUUCCAGAAUGAGGGUCUGGUUCCAGAGUGACGGGCUAGCUCUAGAAUGACGACCAUGUUUGUGUUAGACCACAAAAUGAUUAGUCAAUGUUCUGAGGAAAAUGGAUGCUCCUCUUAAUUAUGGAACAGAGAAUGGUGGUGUAGAAUUUAUAGAUGUGAGGGAUACAUGGUCUGAUGAGAUUUUAUGUUUGUUUUCUUUUGUUUUCUUUGUUUUAUAGCAACAUUUUAUGGGGAAAAAAUGUGCGUGUCAAAAAAGAUGCACGUCAAAUAACACUUUGUCGUGUCAAAUAACACUAUUUGUCGUGUAAAAUAAGCUUGUUGACCAAUCAGGACCUGAAUAUGACUGCACGUCACAUAAUAAUUUAAAGUGCUCAUAAUUUGUUUUGCGUAGUUAUUACACAUUGAUUACACUCACUCGUAUUUCAUAUGUCACAACGAUUCAUCGAUACGUAUGCUAUGAUACUAGUACAGUGCUGGUCAUAAAAAAGCUAGCUAGCUCAUGGAUGCAAACAAUGUCUUCCCCAAAAACAUAGCAAAACGACAAUCUGUUUCAGUAGCUAUAGUUAGCUAGCUAACUAUAUAGCUUGGUAUCAUCAUCUAAAAUAACCCUAAUUUACAAGACAGUUCUUAUUUGAUUAAUGGUAGUCGGACCCAUCUAUGUGAAACUAGCAACAAUAAGGAUUAGCCACAAUAGUGGACUUUGCGGUUAGCCUUCAAAAUAAAAGUAUGUCAAUGACAGUGUUGCAAAUGAAUACAAAUUGUAGAAUUAUGCCAUAAUUGAAUAGAUCAUGAUAAAUGAGUUUGGAAUGGUAUAUAAAAUCAACAAAAUACAAUAAUUUGUUAAUUUGACAAAAAUUUGUUGAAAUCACACUGGAUGUAUUAGACUUUAGAAUUUCAUUUGGGGCAUACUUAUUUCACUGUACAGCCUUACCUAAGGAUUGUGGAUCAAUGACAUGGGGUAUCAGUCUACUCAGUGACACACAGAGAACAUUAGCAUCGUAGCUCUUAUUGUGGGACUCUGAAACUGUGAAUUGAGACACAUUUAUUGUCAACCUAUGAUUAUUGAACACAUAGGAAAAAUAAUACUGUGUGGAUGUUUGAGCCUGAUAACUCUUGAGGAGGAUGUUGGGGAAAAAAUUUAUUGAGUAGACUGAUACCCCAUUUCAUUGAUCCCCAAUCCUUAGGUAAAGUUGUACAGUGCAAUAUGAAUGUCAAUACACACAAUAGGCUGACUAGGGAGGUGAUUUCACACAGUCACACUCCUGCGAUAAGAGCUACAACACUAAUACUUGCGUAAACUCUUCACAGUUGUGUUCUAUGGGUGUCACUAAGUAGACUGAUACCCCAUUUGAUUGCUUCACAUUCCAACCUUGUUUAACAUGAUCUAGUCUAAAUAUGGCUUGAUUCCUCCAAUUGCAACCUUCUGCAUUCUUUCAAAUAGGUACUUUUAUUUUGAAGGCAAAUCGCAAAUUCCACAAUUGUGCCUAAUCCUUAUUGAGGCUAGCUUCACAACACAACCCGGUCAGGUCGAGCCUAAUGAAGCUAGCUGGCUGCUUACAAUGUUAGCUUUUGGCAACAGGGUUUAGUAGCUGGCUAGCUAUUUAUUUACAUGAACUGAAGUUCAGUUGUAAUCGGUGAACAACAAGUGGCUACCUAGCUAAUAAUUACUCUAAUAAUUACUCUUGCAAUCUCUCUCCACCAGGUGUAGCACUUCUAUCAUCUUUUAAAAACAAGAAAUGGACAGUGACGGGGGUAAGGGGGGAUACCUUGUCAUUUUUUGCGUCAUCAUUGCAUGCGAUCGUCAUUCUCAAAGCCGCUGUUUUACUUCUAAGAUCACUUUAGCACCGCCCUAAAAACCCGAUUCAAAUCGACACAAACCUUCAAAUAGGUAUGUAAUGACACACUAUAUAAAGUCUUUAUAGUGUUUUAUUUACAUUUUAGAGGUGAUAAGGUGAUAAGUUGGACAGAUCGAGUGAAAAAAAGCAAUUUUCCCACACAUCGCUCCUUCUCACUAUCACGCAUUAGUUUCGCUUCCCCACCUGCCAUUUUUAAAAAGACCUGACGGGGCUCAUUGUCUUCUUGAAUUAUGCAGAAACGGGCAGUGUGGGGGUCAUGUAAUUGAUUCUGUUGGAAAGGGGAGAAAUUGUGCUUUACAAUGGUAUUGACAUUACAGUUGAUCUGGAAGUAUUACAUUUUUGGGGCGCUAAAAUAAGGUCAAUUGUACGGACCAGGGCGAUGUACAAAAGUGAGUGAGUUUACGUUACCAAGCUAAAGCUAGCCAGCUACCCCAGAAGUUGCGGUCCAACACAACAUUCUACAAUUAAACUGUGUUAUUUGACAUGUCAAAUUUAAAAGCUUAUAGUGUUAUUUGACGUGUAUCUUUUUUGACACAUAAAGACCCAAACGGUGUUCCAUAACAUUUCUCUACGUUUUACCUGAAUCCAGGAAAGUCCAUAUCAUGGCUGUCUGAUGGAAACCUCUCAUAAUUCUAUGUUCGUUAUUGGGUAAAUAGGGUCAUUUUUUUCUAUUCCCUGAAAAGUGUGUUUGAAGAUAAAACUUCACAAGCUAUUUUGAAUACAUUGUUUUGUCAUGAAAUGUUCAGAGUACAUUGAGGGGAGUUAAUGCUUUCAAUAAAUGUACAACAAUGUUAAGGUUUUCAUCAGACAGUAACUAUAUGUGGCAGUUUUGGGAGUCCUCUCUCGAUUUUUACUUUGGUCUUUUGUUAUGUAUAUUUCAUUCAGUAUAUUACCUGCAGCUGUGUGAAAGGAACCACUAAACUCCGACAAAUUUGACAACCCAGUCAACAAGCCUGCCUAUGCCCCUAUUGUGGUAGUACUGUACUGUCAGAACCACACGGAACAAACUGAAGAAUCCAUCAACAAGGAUGAUUAUAAAACACUAUUGCAGGGUUUCCCAAACUCGGUCCUCGGGACCCCAAGGGGUUCACGUUUGUUUUUUUGCACUAGCACUACACAGCUGAUUCAAAUAAUCAACUAAUCAUCAAGCUUUGAUAAUUUGAUUUGGCUGUGUAGUGUUAGGGCAAAAAACUAAAUGUGCACACUUGAUAUGACAACUCCUAUGCAUAAUUGGUGUACUAUAAUAUGGUCUUGGCUGCUAACUAAAUGACUGUGCAUGUAUAUGUUUACUAUCCUAGUCUUUUGCCCAUAAAUGUGUCAGUAAAGUAUUUAACUGUUGUCAGCAGACAUGUUCGUAACCCUAUGACGCAUUCAUACUCAAAUAAAACCAUGUCCCGUAUGUCUAGUGAUUUCACAAUAUGUUUCAAGCAUUUGAACUAGCCAACAACCACUGAUAUGGUUGUAGGCUACCAGCAUGUGAUGCAGGCCAUGCCUGGUCAGGUUGAAUUGUUUUGCACCUUUCAAUCAGUCAAAUGUUUCUUAUUUUCUUGCAUUCCAUUGGUGGUGCACAUUUAGUUAUACGGCACAUAUCUUUUCCAUGAAUUUGGGAUUCAGACCUGCAGAUAUCUCCUAAUGCAUUUGGGUUGUUAUACACAACAGAUGCGGUUAAAUAUGGAUUCACCUCAACAUAAUACCACUUUUUUGUUGCAUGGUAUCAUCUGACAAACGUAGAUAUUUGGGUGAACGUUCCCUUUAAUUUGAGUCUUGUGUAGUUAAACUAUUUUGAAUGUUAAGGUAUGACAAUUGCAACUCAAUAAAGGAAUUGCGAAGCAAA